CCCUGACCUGCCCUGACCUCAGACAGGCACGGCCGCGGCCUGCUGGUAUGACGAUGAAUUCCCUGAUCCGGCAAACGAUUUGGUAAAAUCAAGAGGCAUCUAUGUUUCAAUAUUAGUGAGAUUGGUUUCAAACGCCAGCUGCUAUUUAAUGAUAAGGCUUUUGAAACACGAAGUUCCAAUUUUUCUGGCCGCUUCUCGUUAUUUCGAUCCAAGUUUCUCUACAUUAGCUCUUGUUGCCCAAGACCGUCAGCGAUACCCCACAACUUUGUCGUCCCUUCAUUCUGGAAAUGAUUUCUCGAAAGAUAUAGCAACCUGCUUGUCAAACUGCAGAUGUUUACUGGAAUUGGACAUAGUACAUGCCCGCAUUAUCCGAACCCAUUUCUUGGAAUUUAAUCCUGCUCCCUUUCAUUGGAACAAUAUCAUAAGGUCCUACACUAGGCUAGACUCUCCAGUCAAGGCCAUUCGCGUCCAUGUUGCGAUGCUGCGAACUGGAACUUUCCCCGAUUGCUACACCCUUCCCAUCGUUCUGAAGGCUGUUUGCCAGUCUUUUGCGUUUGAAGUAGGACAGCAGAUCCAUUCUAUCGGUAUUAAGCUUGGACUACAGUUCAAUGAGUUCUGCGAAAGUGGUUUUUUAAAUUUGUACUGUAAAGCGGGAGAAUUUGAAAGCGCCCAUAAGCUGUUUGAGGAAAAUCCUGAUCGAAAGCUGGGUUCUUGGAAUGCCAUAAUAGGUGGCCUUUCCCAAGCCGGACUUGCUCAGGAGGCAAUAAACAAGUUUGUGGAGAUGAUGAGAGAUGGGUUCGUGCCAGACGGUGUCACCAUGGUUAGCGUGACAUCUGCAUGCGGAAGCCUUGGUGACUUGGUCAUGGCCUUUCAAUUCCACAAGUGUGUUUUGCAGGUGAAAUCCACAGAUCGGACAGAAAUCUUAUUGUUUAAUUCACUGAUAGACAUGUAUGGAAAAUGCGGCAGGAUGGACCUAGCCUUCAAAGUUUUUGAAUCGAUGGAAGAACGGAAUAUUUCAUCAUGGACGUCCAUGAUUGUGGGUUAUGCAAUGCAUGGACAUGUAGAGGAAGCGCUUGAAUGCUUCCGGAGAAUGAGAGAGGCAGGGGUGAAGCCUAACCAUGUGACUUUUGUUGGAGUACUUAGUGCUUGUGUGCAUGGUGGGACAGUUGAAGAAGGAAGAUUCUACUUUGACAUGAUGAGGAAUAUUUAUGGCAUAACACCGCGAUUGCAACAUUAUGGAUGCAUGGUGGAUCUAUUGGGUAGAGCAGGAUUGCUCAGUGAGGCCAGAAAAAUGGUGGAGGAGAUGCCAAUGAAGCCCAAUGCAGUAGUGUGGGGUUGUUUGAUGGGUGCUUGUGAGAAAUAUGGGAAUGUGGAUAUGGCGGAUUGGGUGGCUAAACAUUUGCAAGAAUUGGAACCCUGGAAUGAUGGGGCUUUUGUAGUGUUGUCUAAUAUCUAUGCCAAUGAAGGCAUGUGGAAGCAGGUGGAGCAUGUAAGAUCAGUCAUGAAGCGGAGAAGCCUUGCCAAAAUCCCUGCCUACAGCUUAGCAACAAAGUCAGAUUAAACGCUGCGGUGGUGGAAGCCUAUUUUGACUUUGAUUUGCCCCACCUCGGGGACAGAAAUGUUUAUAUUGUCUUGGAGAAGACUUGUCCCAUGACCCAUGUACGGCUGUACUGCAGUGUCUGUAAUGCCCACCUGUUGGCAGUUUUUACAUCUUUACCAAAGACCAGAACGCAAUACCAGAAAGCAAAAAGAAUUGUUUUUCCAUUAUAUUAUUCUUUUUCCUUAAGAGUAAGCAUGAUAUGCCAGUAUUCUUUUUACCAUUUGUGACAAAUCAUUUAAUUGUAUUAUGACUUGAGCUUCUCCAUCUUUUCAUAGUUGACCGUCAUAAGCUCCCACGGCGGCUGUGGUGAAGUUGAAGUCUGUGCAUGGCUACAUUGGCUAAUGACGGUGGGGUAUUCCUUUGUACAUGCAGCUUUCACUUCCUC